AUGAAAUUUCCAAUUUUAACACUUUUUCUAACCUUUGUUCUAUUGAACCAAACCACUGAAACCAGCGGGAAUUCCAAACAAUGCUUCUCUCUCUACUUGACACAACUGGAGAAGCUGGGCACCGAUUGGUUAGCUGGCUAUAAGAACUGCCUUGAUUCGGCAACCAUUGGCCGGGAGUCCCUGCUGACCAAUGUCAGCUCUGUUCAAAAGGCAAUCCGAAAGUCCGCAUUGGAUAUUGAAGCAUUCAUACAGAGUUGUUUGGCUAUUAACGAUGCUUUGGAAUUUUUCGAUUGCUUUGCAAAGUUGUCAACGCAGGAGAUGGCCACUGCCUAUGGCAUAUCCUACAAUGCCUCAGAGGAGGCACUUGUUCUGAACAAGCAAUUAAGUAACAUUGAAGUGGAGCAUUAUCAAUGCACAAAUCGAACAGAAAAUGAUUAUGUUCUGGGAACCGCACAAGUGUUUCAAGCUUUAGACGAUUGCCUGGAGGGAAGCGGAUUAUUACACUGAUUAAAUAAAUGUUUAAAUAGAA